CAACAUUAUUACUGGAUUAUAAAAGGCCAGAACGUUAUUUGGUCCUGAAAGGGUUAAUUCAGAUCAGACCGCCCACUUUAUCACUUUCCCUAAAAUGUCUCAACCCGGCCCGGAGCCGAGUCCGACUGACACAGAUCGCUCCUUUUACUCGCCGACUCGCUCGCUGUGACCUUUUUCCAGCUUUUGCAGGGAUGUGCAGGAAUGUUGGAGCGUCAGCGCUCUGUCCAUCAUGGAGAACCCAACAGAGGAGCCGCAGGAGGAGGGCGGAGCCAGCAGCGAGGCCACCACGGAGGAGGCGGAGCUACAGGUCCAGGCUGCACACACCAACCUGGAAGCGAUCAACAGAGCGUCUGACGGAGCGAAGGAGGCGGCGAGUGAAGGAGAAGCACUCCAGAAUGGAGAGCGAGGAGGAGGAGGAGGAGAUCUGUCCUCCAUCAACGCCAUGAUGUCCACUGUGAUGUCAGCAGCCGGGACCAUCAAUGGAGGAGGAGGAGGAGGUGAUGAAGGAGGCAGCGGCGUCACCUCGGCCAACUCCUCAGCUGGACCGUCUCCCAGCCCAUCGCCCAGCAAGUCCCUGACGGCCGCCAUGCGGGCGCCGCCCAGCCGCAACGCCCGCCGCAACCAGGACUCCAAAGACGACGGCUCGGCCUUCAUCUGCCCGCUCUGCGACAAGAACUGCCAGACGCAGCACCAGCUCACCAUGCACAUCCGACAGCACAACGCGGACGCCGGCGCCACCGACCACUCCUGCAGCAUCUGUGGGAAGUGUCUGAGCUCGGCUUCGUCUCUGGACCGACACAUGCUGGUCCACAGCGGGGAGCGGCCCUACAAGUGCACCGUCUGCGGCCAGACCUUCACCACCAAUGGCAACAUGCACCGGCACAUGAAGAUCCAUGACAAAGACCCGGCCAGCGGCCUGGUGCCCCUCAGCAGCCCCCCGUCCCCCACCAAGCGCCGCCGUCCCUCCAUGAAGCGGCGCCAGGGCCUGGAGGACGACCUCGGAGACGAGCCGCCCGCCAAGAAGGUGACGGAGGAGGGGGGGGCGGACGAGUCGGCGGCGCUGCCGGGGGCGGAGGAGGAGCUGCUGCCGUGUCCCAUCUGCUUCAAGACCUGCAGCUCCAGACUGGACCUGGACGCCCACAUGGACACGCACCCGGACACCAUGCUGAGGUGUGAUCUCUGCUGCCUCUCUUUCCGGACACACCGUGGACUGCUACGGCACAACGCGGCGGUCCAUAAGCUCCUCCCCCAGGACCCCAGUGGCCGCCCCUUCAUUCAGAACAACCCCUCCAUCCCCACCGGAUUCAACGACCUGGCCUUCAUCGACUUCUCCUGCAAGAAGUUUGCUCACAUUGCUCAGGUGUGGUGUGAGACCAACCUGCGGCGCUGCAUCAGUAAGUUCCACCGCUUUGUCUGCGACUCCUGCGACAAGGCGUUCCCACUGCGCUCCGCCCUGGACCUCCAUAAGACCGCCUCCCACCCGGACCGACCCGCUGAGGCCGCCGAGAAGCAGAAGGAGAACAGAGAGGCGCGGGCCGACGAGGAACGCCAGGAAGCGGGGAAGCCACCAUCAGAGCAGAGCAGCUUCCUGGAGGCCCUGGGCCUGCAACACUUCUCCAAGGUGAAGUCCGGUCCGACCGACGACGAGAUCCAUCAGGCCCACCUGGACAGCAUCAAGGUGAUCCACGUGGAGCCUCCAUCCUUCAGCCUCCCUCAGGAGUCGGCGUCGGCCUUGCUGUCCGGCGGCCUGGGCGUGGCCCUGGGUCUGGGCGGCCUGGCGGCGCUCAGCAUCCCGCUGCUGGAGGCGUCCGGCUCCGCCCUGCAGGGCCUGUCGCACCGGGACGCCCUCAGCCUGCUGUCGCUGCAGCCCUUUCAGGCCGGCUUCCUGCUGCAGCCGGAGGGAGGCGCCGCCACCGCCGGCACCGCCUCCUCCAGCUGCAAACCAGGAGAGUCCGGCGGCUCCGGAGUCGUGGAGCUGGCCGACAUCCAGCAGAUCCUCAAGGUGGCCGCCGCGGCGCCCAACCAGAUGGGGCUGCCUCCGCUGGCCAAGGCGCCGGGCUUCACAGGUCAGCUCUCGGGUCAGAAGGCGAUGCCACCGCUGAAGCCCAAGCCUCCCAUCAGCCCCCGCUCCAGCCUGAGCACCACCACCCCGCCGCCCCUGCAGAGCUCCCAGCAGGCCUCACUGGGCUGCAUCAGCCCCAGCCUGCCUCCGCCCACUCCCUCCAUCUUCAAGACGCCCUCCUCUUCCUCGGCUCACAUGGAGGCCGAGUCGAUGGGCGACGCCAGCACGCCGCUGUCCGACUCGCCGCCCACCGCCACCACGCCGCUCCAGGAGGAGGCGGGGCUAAGCGUCAGGAAGGCGGGUAGCAAAGCGGGGAGCGCCGCCUCGGCUAAAGGCUCGUUCCCCUGCCGCUUCUGUGACCAGGUGUUCGCCGUCUCCGGCGCCCUGCAGGCCCACAUGCGCUUCCACCUCGGCAUCCUGCCCCACCAGUGCAACAUGUGCGACUACGUGGCGCCGGACAAGGCCACUCUGAUCCGCCAUCUCCGCACGCACAGCGGCGAGCGGCCGUACGUCUGCCGCAUGUGCCACUACCUCACUGUCAAGGCCAACUGCGAGCGCCACCUCAGAAAGAAGCACGCCAAGACGUCCAGGAAGGACAUCGAGAAGAACAUCAAGUACGUCACAUUCAGCAGCGGCGGCGGCAUCACCGCGGCAACCACCACACAGGAAGCGGAGGCGGGCUGCGAGACCACCUGCCGGUUCUGCGGCGAGGACCUGAAGACGUACCGCGCGCUGCAGAUCCACCUGCGCACGCACAACGGCUGCCAGAGGAAGCCGUUCGAGUGCCGGCGCUGCGGCGCCGCCUUCCUGGCCAAGCGGAACUGCAUCCACCACCUGCUGAAGCAGCACCCAGAGGUCCAGGAGCGCGAGAUCGAGGGCCACAUCACCACGCUGCUGCCCUCCACCGCCGCCGGCGCCGCGCUCAACGGCCUGGGAACGGUGAAGGCGGAGGAGCUGGUGUUCCCGGCGGAGCUCGACCAGCCGCUCGACUUCUCCGCCAAGGGCCGGAGCAGCCGGACGGCGUCUCCGGCCAUCAAGACGGAGAACGCCUCGCACGGCUUCGACAGCGCCGACCCGGACCAGCCCAUCGACCUGUCCAUCCCCAGCAAGCGUCAGCGCCGGGAGGCCGGCGGCGGCACGGAGCUGAAGACGGAGCAAAGCGCCAUCGUGGAGCAGCAGCUCGCUGCGUCUCCAGAGGAGAAGGCGGCGAGCGGCGUUCUUCCUCUGCAAGCUCCGCCCCCACCGGGCUGCUACCAGCUGCCUCCUCCCGCCGGCCGGGUGCAGCGCCUCAAACCGCUGCUGCCCAAGCCCUCCGCAUCCUCGCCGCCUUCGGUGAAGGAUCUGGCGCCGCUGGCCUCCAUCGCUCAGAUCAUCAGCUCUGUGUCCGCAGCGCAGGGCAUGCUGGACGGCGCCGCCCAGACCACAGCGCCGUCCUCACAGCAUGAGGGCGAAGCCUCCGGACCCGCCGCCCUGGAGCCGCCCAGCGACGACGUGUCUGAAGGAUCCUCCAGGCGGCGGGCGCGGAAGAAGCCAGCCGCUCUGGCGAUGAGGGAGAAGGCAGUGAGCGGCGGCAUCGACCUGGAAUCCAGCGGGGAGUUCGCCAGCGUGGAGAAAAUGCUCGCCACGACCGACGCCAACAAGUUCAGCACCUACCUGCAGACCGGGGCGGCUGAGCCGGCGAAGAGGCCCGAGACGGCGCCGGCGGCACCAGAACGGGCCGCGGCCGCCGGAGUGGAGGAGAGGCAGGGAAGGGCGAGAGAGGAGGGGAAGCCAGCGGUGGCCAUGACGGUUCCUCAGACUAAAGGAAAGAAGAAUGCCUACUCCAACUCGGUCCAGAAGAUGACCUGCCCGUUCUGUCCGCGCGUGUUCCCCUGGAUGAGCUCGCUGCAGAGACACAUGCUAACGCACACAGGCCAGAAGCCGUUCCCGUGUCCGCGCUGCGACGCCUUCUUCUCCACCAAGUCCAACUGUGAGCGCCACCUGCUGCGCAAGCACGGCGUGACGCACCGGACGCUGCGGCGCAACGGCGCCAUCGUGAAGAAGGAGGGGGAUGACGGCUCGCACGAGAGCGCCGAGAGCCAAUCAGAGACAGAGCAGCUGCCACCAGAAAUCAAGGAUCUCACCCCAGAAUCAGCCCCCGCCUCCAUGGUCAACAGCCCCGCCCACUCUGACGUCACUCCAUUAAGCCCCACCCCCAAAGCAAGCCAAGGCUGCAGUCCACCUGCAGAGCAACAAGACACAGAAAUCAGUGAGCAGCCUGACCAACAGGGGGCGCCAGAGACCAAAGGCACAGCAGCCAAACAGCCUCCGCAGAGCAGCAAGGCCGAGAACACGGACGACGACGACUGCCACAGCAACAAGAGUCUCGACCUGAACUUUGGCAAGAAGCUCAUCGACUUUAAGCUCUCCACUUCCUCCUCAAGCUCCGCCCCUCAAGAAGAGCCACGCCCCCUGACUCCAUCAGCCACGCCCCAAGAUGCCACGGAGGUCCCCGAAGACCAGGACAAGCCGGCGCCCUCCUCUUCCUCGCCCGGCAGCCCAGCAGGGAAGCAGCAGCCCGACAACAAACACGUCUGUCGGGUUUGUACGAAGAGUUUCCGCUUCGCAACGACUCUGGCUCGCCACGAGAGGGCGCACCUCUCGGAGGAGGAGCAGGCUGCGGCGGUGACAGAGGAAGAGGAGGAUCCUUUACCUGCAAAGGAGGAGGAGGAGAGCAGAGCUGCUCAGCCGGAGGCAGAGGAGAAGGAGGCGGACAUGGAAGAAGAUGAUGGAGGAGAGCGGGAAGGAGAGAGCGACAGAGGCGAGAGUGGAGAGUCAGAGGAGGAGGAGAAGGAGAAGGAGGAGAGGAGCGACGAAGAGGCGUCAGAACCAAAGAACAGCGAGGGAGGAAGGGUGGACAAGAGGAAGAAGAUCUGCACCGAGUGCGGGAAAAGAUUCUGGUCUCUGCAGGACCUGACGAGACACAUGAGGUCACAUACAGGUGAGCGGCCCUACCAGUGCCAGACGUGCGAGCGGACCUUCACCCUGAAGCACAGCCUGGUCCGCCAUCAACGGAUCCACCUGCGGCCGCGCGGCGCCGACGGCGACGCCAGCGAGGACGGAGACUCCUGCGCCCCCACCCCCACCUCCACCUGCCCGCCGUCCGAGAACGAGAGCGAGUGCGGCAGCGGCACGGCGGGGACCAAGGAGCUGGAGGAGGAGGAGGACUGCAAGGAGGAGGUCGAAGGUCAGCGGGAGGGUUCCGGGUCGGCGGAGGAGGAAGAUGUGGAGAAACGGUCGGAUCCGGCCCCGCCGCCCUGCUCCGACCCCCACCAAGCUACUGAAUCAAAGACGAGCACCAGCACCGACUCACCCGCACCACCGGACGGCGCCAAAGAUCCCCCCAGCUGCCCAGCAGGGGGCGCCGCGGCAGACGGCUUCAUCCAGGGGCUGCUGGAGAUCCACAACCAGCCGCCGCCGGAGCGCCGGCUGCCCAACGGAGAGCCCUCCCUGGUGGGCGCAGACUGAGGGACCCCCAUCACCGCAGUGCCAUACGACCGAAGGACGACGAUGAUGAUGAUGAUGAUGAUGAUGCAAAAACCAGCGCGUAAAAUCUUCCCCCAAAAGACAGAACCUCGUUUUCUUGAAGUGCCUUACUACUAGUCCAACUUCUAAAGAUGUUUUUGUUGCUAUAUCUUUAUCUGCGUUAUUCCGGAGGAUGGAUCUAAAUUUUUAUAGCUUUUUAUGAUGACAGUGAUUUACUAUUUUUGUGCGGGAAAUCUAUAUUUCAGCAAUAAAAAGAUUAAAUGAUUACGAUUUAUUGUUCUAGAUUUGUGUUUUGAGAAUCGAUGAUCAACGUGGAGACGCGGACGGACUUGGGAACUGUUCGGGUCGAACCGGAGCGGCGCCGGACUUCAGUUGCUCCGGUUUGAACAUCAUGUUUCAGAUUUAGACUGAAUGAAGUGGCGCCUGGCGGCGGGACUGAGGAAAGCUGUUGUAACUGGAAACCUGCGGGUUUAACUGCCGGCUCUGCUGGCUCAUGGAAACCUUCAGACUGAUCCGAGUGCCUGGGGGGGGCGCCGUCGUUCCUGUUUCAGACCCAUCACACUACCCCCCAGAGGCGUUUCUCUCAUCAUGAUUCUCAGUUGAUUCCAGGCCGCCGCGCCGCCGCCGCCCGGCUCUCUCUGCAUGUUUGCAUUCAUAUUUAGGUGUGUUUGGGGGGGAAGCUUCUCGUUUUGUGGAUUUUCUUUUUUAACUGAACAAAUUGAACGUUUUGUUUUUGUGUGUUUUUCAGUGUGAAUGUGGCCCCUGGCCUGACUCUCAUUGUCGCCCCCUAGUGUUUGUUUUAGGGUAACUCGCAGGGCCUCCGGCAUGCUAACACGUAGCGGCACUAACACCUGUUAGUUCAGUUUUCAGUUUACCUCAACUUUUGCUCUUUAACUGAAGCUGUUAGCAAAUCCAACGUCUUCCUCCCGGGUCGCCCGGUUAAACCGAGGCGGCCGCCGCUAACGAGCGCUAACAGGCGCUAACGAGCGCUAACUUGUCCAGUGUGGGCGGGGCAUGUCGGAGGUGUUUGGUGGCUCAGACCACGUGUUGCUGUUUUCAGCUCCGUGUCUCAGAGCAGGACGACACUAGAUGGGUGAAGCAUCAUCCAGACAAUCUGACCUUCAGCUCAGUUGAACCUGCAUUUACUCCUUCAGUAUUAUCGUCUGUCUGUCUGCCGUUUUCCUGUCCGGGUUUCAUCUCCUCUCCGCCUCCACGCCUAUUUCCCUUUGGAAACGUCUGAACUUUACAGCUGACCCCAAAGGUCUUCAGCUGAGCAUUAGAGACAAUCAUUGGUUUCCAGAAGGUGACAGCGGAUGCGUUUAUAAAGAAUAAAUCAGGUUGGUGUGAACACUAUUCGAAACCUGCUGCACAUUAAAGGGCUCAACGUCCAUCAGCACCAACCUGAGCAGAGGGACAGUAGUCUGGCUGUCUCUUGUUUUCUGGCUUGUGUGUAAAAAACCUUUUUCCUGUUUAAUAUUAGAUGACCUCAUAAGCAAGUCAAACCUCAGUGGCUUAUAUUGGAACUGUAAGGCGGUGAUGGUCGGUCGUUCAGCGCCUUCAACAGAGACGAACCGCGGAUUGUCAGGAGCCGCUGCGAUUGGCCCAUCGCUGCCCUGAACUGGCACUAACGUUCCCACACCUAACGUUCCCACACCUAACGUUCCCACACCUACUGCUACCUUCUGUACUACUAACUGCAGCCAGGAGAGAAAGGCUCGGCCUCUUUAGCUGCUUCUGCAACAACUGGACUUUAUGUCAACUAAAGCUUUAGUUAUUAAUUAUGUUCAACCAUCAAUCAGGUGUCUGAAGCUUGAAAAAGCUCUUGAGUUGUAAUUUUCUACCUGAGGUUGCUAACACCAGCUAGCGGGCUGCUAUUAACUUCUUUAGCUAAUAUGUUGCUUUAAAAAACUAAAUAAAAUCUAAACUGGAUGUUUUUCGUUUGAUUUUUGAUUAAUUGAAGAUAAGAAAAUAGUUUGAUGGGUUUUAGUCAAGAUGCUACUUGGCUAGCAGGCUAACAGAUCGCUGCUUCGUUUUAGUUUUCUGUCAGAUUUCAGUCGAAACUUGGAUUCAGUUUUUCUUUCAUAAUGAUGGAAAAAUUCUGUUUGAUGAAAUUGACCAGUUUGCAAUUAAUUUACCCAAACAUGUAGCUUUGUUGAUGCUAGCAGUGCUAACAGAUGCUAGCAGCACUAACGGAUGAAAACAGUUUUAUUGGCUAAUGUUUCCGUUCCCUCAGUAGAACGUUUUCUGAAUAAUGUCUGAAAUGUUUCCUGAUUUUCCAGAUUAUCGCAGAUAAACAGAACUAAACCCAAAACAAGCGAGCUGAACUGUUACAAAAACAAUAAAUCUUUGUGUUUAGGAAUGAAAUUCUGUCAUAUGGAUUGUACUUAUUUUUCUUUCCAAAACUUUUUUGCUGAGAUUUAUUGAUAAAUGUUUUAAUUCUUAGUGAAUAUGGGACAUGGCUAAUAGGCUAACUCCAGUUCACUGUUGCUAAGCAGUAAAAAAUUGGCAUAACUUUUCUUUUUAAAUAAAAUUAUCACCAAAUUAUUUGAGAUUAAUUUUCACAAACCUGUCAAAGUUAGCGCUAACGUUGAAGUGAAGCUAAUGCUAAACCUCACCUUUACUCUUUAGAAAACAAUAAACAUUUUUUAAAAUAGUUAAAUAGUGAAUAUAGUCCAUAAAUAUCUUUAUGUUCAAUCUGAAAUGUAUAUUGCUUUAAGAUGCUAACAGCUUCAUUAGCUUCUGUUGUUGGCGUUAGCUGUGCUUUUCUCAUGAAUUAAACUUCCUGUAGAGGGCGGUAAGGAGCGGCCCUUUCUCUCUCCAUGGUUUCUGUCUCGUUGGCUUCCUGUGUCCUCCCUGUCCUCGGGGCGUUUGUCUCCUCGUCUGUCCCGUCUGCGUGUGCGGCCAUAUGAAUACUGGACUUCCAUUCGAAUGCACAUAGACUGUUUUUAUUGUAUUUAUUUGGAGCCCAGGCGUGUUUCUGUGUGUGAGUUUAAUUGUCUGCAAUGACUUGAGAAGAAGCCAUGUAUUAAAAUGUCACAUUUAUGCUGCAGAGUUGUUGAGGAUCUGGUGUUUUUGUUGUUGUGGCUCGACCGGCUUGCUCAAGGGCACGGCAGGCCGCGAGAGACUCGGACUAGCAAUAAGAAUCCUUCUGAAUCCAAAAGCUUUAUGUAGAUUUUCCUGUGUGUGAGUCGAGAACAGUCUGUCUGGGUCUGUUGGUUCUGUUUAUUUUUAGUUUUCUUCUAUGACAUAAAUGCAUAUAAAACUGUGAAAAUCUAUUGUGAUUAAUUAAAGGGUGAGUUUUAGGUUAGAUUUUUUGCAUGUUAAUCUAAUUUGUUCAUUAUGGAUGAUUUCUCCUUUCUCCAUCACUUCUUGUGCUACACAUAAAAAUAUCAAAAUCUAUAUAAUCUCGCUCUCAGGGUCUUUCACAAAUCCAUGAUUUGAAAUGCUUCUUGUUGUUUUCCUCCUGAGUCGCAGCUUGUCCAGAUUACUUUGUCUUUUUUAAAGAUGACAUCAUGAUCAGAUCUGUCAAUCACUACAUUUAGCACUUGACUGUGAACUCGUCGUUACCAGACACAGAAAAUGUGGUUUGAUUUUUGGUCUCCAAACUCUGAUCUGAAGCCUUUUCUGUUUUAUUUAAUGAGUUUUUCUUUGUGUACUGGACCUCAAUCACAAAGCAUUAUAAAAAUGCAGCCUGGAUCUUUUUCUGUCCCCUGCUGUUAGCAACAUGACAGUGUUCACAGAGUCUAGAGAUGUAAGCCUGCUCUGUAUUCAACCCAAUAAGAAAAGCAAUAAAGAUUAUGUAAAGGAAAGGUGUGUCAAUCAA